AUGCACUUUGCAGACUUCCUUGCAGGAUCUAUUGCAGGAGCUUGUGGAGUGGCAGUCGGUUAUCCACUGGAUACUGUAAAAGUCAGAAUCCAGACUCAAAAACAGUUCACUGGAAUCUGGCAGUGUUUCGUAACAACCAUCAAAAGAGAAGGGCUCCAUGGCUUCUUUAAAGGAAUGGCCGUGCCGGUCACCACUUUAUCCAUGACCUCUUCCGUGGUGUUUGGCACAUACAGGAACUGCCUGCAGUGCUUCAGUCAGAUCCACGGCCCUGGAGCUCCAAACACAGCGCUUGAUAUUUUCCUGGCAGGACUGGCAGGUGGAGUGGCACAGGUUUCUGUGAUGUCACCCGGUGACAUCGUGAAAAUUCGUCUUCAGUGUCAGACGGAGCACCAGAGGUGUGGAUUUAAUUCUCCCAAACCCAAAUACAGCGGUCCGAUCCACUGCCUGCUGACCAUCGCCAAAGAGGAGGGAAUUUUAGGACUUUAUAAAGGGGCACUUCCUCUGGCGUUCAGGGACGGCCCAUCCUUCGCCACGUACUUCCUGACGUACAACACUCUGUGUACAAAGCUAACACCACCGGGACAGAAAGAGCCGGAGUGGGCCGCGGUGCUGUUCGCCGGUGGAGUCGCGGGAAUAGCCGGCUGGUCUGUCGGAACGCCGAUGGACGUGAUUAAAGCUCGUUUACAGAUGGACGGAGUGAGAGGGCAGAAGCGGUUCCGCGGACUCGUUCACUGCAUCACUGAGACGGUGCGUAACGAAGGACCGGCGGUUUUCUUCAAAAGCCUCGGAAUAAACUGCCUGCGAGCGUUUCCCGUAAACAUGGUCGUGUUCACCGUGUAUGAGGUCACUGUUCGUAUUCUCAGGCCAGCGUCUCUGGAUCAGCUCUGAACUGAACUAGAGUAUGUGGUGUGAUUCAUAAAGAUGAUUGUAUUUUUAUUUAUUUUAUUAUGGGAGUUUAUAAUGUGUCUAUAUAUAUAUACA